CCGCCAUGCCGCCCUGCUUCUGAUCUGAUUCCUGCCCCGGCCUGCCACCGAGGAAAGAGCGUCGACGCGCUGCAAUCGCCACAAUGGACCACCAGCACCCGCCUGGCCCGACCAGCGCACUCGACCAUGCGCCUCCGUCUGCCGCGCCGCCGUCCUGGAAUCCCGCAUUCCGAGCAGAGAAGGCGACCACCAACGCCGCCCCGGUCGAAGCGCACAUGGUCCCAACGCCGCUCCCCUCGUCGCCGGAUUCCAGCGACGCACAAGAGUCGGACGACGAGGCCGACGCCGACAGCUCAGACGGCCAAGACGCGGCGCCCGAAGAGCGGCUGGCGGACAACUACGAGCACCAGGGAGAGACGACUGCGCUGGAAGACGCCAUGGCCGAGAGCGAGCGCGUGCCCCUGGUCGCCGACGCCGCGCCCACCGACGACUGGGACGCCCCGCCGGAUGCCUUCAGUCUGGGGCAACAGCCUGCCGAGACGCCGCUGGAGACGCCCCACGCCGAAGCCAUGGGAACCACGGUCGGAGACAGCAUCAUUGGCAACACGACAGUCGGCGGCAACGCAGGCGACGACAUCGACUGGGGCGCCGCUGCUGCAGAGGACGACUUCUUUGGUGCCGCCGCAAGCCAGACCAUCCAGCCCGCAGACGCCGCAGUGCAGAGUCCCGGCGCCCAUGUCAUGGAAGACUCGCAGACGAAGCCAGAGUGGGGCCUGGAUCUGGAUCUUGACCUGGACGACGAGUUCCUGCCCGACACGGACCAUGCUCCCCUCUUCGACUUGGACGACGACGAGGGCUUUCUUGAAGACGAGCCCGCUGUGCCGGCCGAGCAGCCGGCACACCUGGCGCCAUCCACGUCGAGUACCGCAAGUCGAUAUGCACCCCAAACUGCGACAGCCCCCGCAGUCAUGGCACCCGUCAGCCAGUACGCUCCCCAAGCUCUGCAAGCCACGUCUGGAGCCACGCCGGUGCAUGACCGUCUUGGCCAACCCGUCCCAGCCCAGCAGCUGCCCGCCCGACCUACCCUGGGCAACCCUACUCAAAGUUUCGUCGAGAAGUCCAGGGGAGGUUAUGCCUCACCCUACGACCUGCCCGACGACAUUGUCACUACUCGAAGACGACCCGCACCCCGACCCUCAAUGCCGAACCUGCAGGCGAACCCUCCCCCGCCGCCGCGAAGCAGUAGCGUUGUUUCCAGCACUGGACCACCGCGUCCUCUGCUACCAUCCGCCAAGCCUGCCGCCGGCUCACCUCCACCCCCCUCGAGCCAUCCGAUGCAGCCGCCAACGCCAGGCUUGACACCACUAGCUCCACCAAAACCUGCGCCACCCGUCAGAUCGUCGUCGAGUGACUUCUUCGCUGAGUUACCGGUGACCACUAGGCCUAAGCUCUCGACUCGCUACACUGCUCAACCAAACCUGCCCUCUCAUCCGCCACUACAUCACACACCCCCUCCAGUCCACCAAGCGCCUCCUCCAGUCAACCAUGCGCCCCCGCCAGUGCCUUUGAAAGAGCGCGCCCCUUCCUGGUCAUCCCUAAGGAAUGAAAUUCUUCCCGACGCCGAUAAUGUCAGUCAUCCGCUGCAACCACCAGAACAACUGCCAAUGUUCCCGAGUCAACCGUCAGUUCCAACACUCGUGCGAGCCAAUACGCUUCCCAUACCCCAACCUGCCCCUCCGCCCUCAUCGCGCUACUCCCCUGCGCCUCCAGCGUUGGCACCAGUCGCGAACGCGCGAUAUUCACCCGCGCCACCAUCUGCCCAGGCAGCAAAUUCGAGAUAUUCACCCGCGCCGGGUGCUCAAGGUUCGGCUCAUGCUCGCUACGUGUCUGAGCCACACACUGCACCACCUCGUCCCGCUUCGCAACCUUAUGCACCUCGUACAUCCAGCCCUUUGGCGUUCCAUAGCGUCCCUCAGCACAAAGACCACCACGCGCUUUCAUCGCAGUCCAGUCAUCAGCAGCCUUCAGGACACCACGUCUCGCAGUCGGCCGAUGGUGGACCACACGGUUCUUUCAGGAGUCCGUUAUCAGAAGUACGUGAGACUGACGAGCCAGAAUCCAUCCUGAGUUCAAGACCGCCUACAUCAGGUGGCCCGGAAACGCCGCCUUCGCACAGUACUGCGUCCUCGGCCAUGGGAUCUCCAAGGAAGAGGACGAACUAUACGCCGCAAUAUCAGCCAUCAAGUGCACUGGCUGCGCCACGUUCGCAGUCUCCGACCACGUCCAUGAAGCAGCCUCCUCGCAGUUUGCCCGGUUUGGAUCAGCCAGGAUCUGGUUAUGGCUAUGUGCCACAGCCUUUGGCGUACGACGCACAGCUUAUAGCCUCGACCACGGUCAACUUCAUUCCCCAUCGCCGACAAGUGUCAUUGGAGUACGAUUGCAUUUUGCCUACCGAUGAGACUGUUGCUGAUCCCCUCCAAAGAUGGAAGGGGUACCCGGUGUUUGUUUGGGGCUUAGGCGGUGCCAUUGUUACCAGCUUCCCAAAACAGAUUCCACGAUAUGGCGGUGGCACAUCCGCUCCAAUGGUCAAGUGUAGCCCCGGUGAGAUCAAAAUCCAAAAUGUCAAAGACUUGUUUCCUCUUUCUGAAAAUGUCGUCAAAUUUCCUGGUCCACUCAAAUCCAAGGGCAAGAAGAAGGAUGUCUCAGCUUGGCUGAGCAGCAGAAUUGACGCUAUGGAGAACGAGCUCAAAUCCCCUGGGUUGGAGCAUUCGAUGGAAGAGGAAGACUUGAAGCGGCUCGAAGACAAAUCUCUUCUCUGGAAGAUCAUGCAGGUCUUGGUGGACAAUGACGGCCAGUUGGAAGGACCCGCUGCAGUGACUGCUGUCAAAAAGAUUCUUUCGCCUGAGGAGGCAGACUCAUCAGAUGCUGAUGCUUCUUUCUCUACCCCGGCGGAUAUCGUCGGGCGAUCCAGAACCAACACGUUGACUCUUCAAGCGGAGCCGCUCGAUCCUCGGGCCAUCGAGGAUAUACAAAAGAUGCUCACCAAGGGCGACCGCGAGAAGGCUGUCUGGCAUGCGGUUGACCAAAGGCUAUGGGGACAUGCCAUGCUUCUUUCUUCCACCUUGAACAAGGACAUCUGGAAGCAGGUUGUACAGGAAUUCGUUCGUAAGGAGGUCAAGAAGGUGGGCCGCAACAGUCAAGCCCUGGCGGUGCUAUACGAAGUGUUCGCAGGCAACCAUGAGGAUUGCAUUGAUGAGCUUGUCCCCGCCUCAGCUCGCGCUGGUUUCCAGAUGGUGAGCACAGAUGGCGCAGGUGCUGCACAGAACACUCAACAAGGUCUGAACAAAUGGCGUGAGACGGUUGCCCUGGUUCUGAAUAACCGUAGCGAAGGAGAUGCAUCGGCUCUACUCUCGCUUGGAAAGCUACUGGAACAGUAUGGCAGAGUCGAGGCUGCCCAUCUCUGUUUCAUCUUUGCCCGCUCUGUGGUACACAUCAGCGGAGUCGACGACGCUCAAUCACAUAUUGUGCUCGUUGGUGCCAACCACCAUCAAAACCCAUUAGAGCUUGGAGUUGACCUAGACGCCGUCUUGCUCACCGAAGUGUAUGAAUUCGCUCUAUCACUAUCUGCUCAUGGGAGUUCCCCCGCCAUUCCUCAUUUGCAAGUCUACAAGCUCGCCCACGCUCAUCAAUUGGCCGAGUAUGGUUACCGAGCCGAAGCGCAAGCCUACUGUGACGCCAUCGCCGCCGCUUUGAAAUCUACCAUAAGGGUCUCGCCAUACUACAACGCAAGCUUCAUUGCCAGUUUGGACGAGCUCAGCAAACGCUUGUCACAAUCGCCCAAGGAUGGCUCCUCUUCUUGGAUCUCAAAGCCAAGUAUGGACAAGGUCAGUAGUUCUUUGCUGUCCAAGUUCAACAGCUUCAUCGCGGGAGACGACGACGAUUCCGCUGCCAAUAAAUCAGCAGGAGCUGAAGUUGGACCUUUUGCAAAGAUCCCUGGCAACAGCCCGUCCAUCACUCCGUCGCAAUCAAGUGCAGAUCUGUACGGGUCUUUUGGCUACGGAGCCCCAACUGGCCCUCCAAUAGCACCUGGAAAUUCGAAAUACGCUCCGUCAAAUAACGUGUAUACCCCAAGAACUUCUUCUGACCAACAACGGUCACGCUAUGAACCUGGAGGACGGCCUUCGAUGGAAUCAGUUGACAAUUCUCGUGCCUUAUCCGACACCUAUGUGCCAUCAACCCCAGGACCGUACACUCCGUCGUUGAUGAGCCCUCCGCUGCUGAGCCCACAGAGUGCACGAACGCAAGCCAAGACUCAAUCGUAUUCUCCGCUCCGAGCAGAGCAUAAUGCGCCUGUGCCAUCUUACGGUAGCCCAUACAUGCCCAGUCCGCCUGUAGAGUCAGCUUCAGCACCACCUUUCGGUGUGUAUCAACCACUUCAAUCCAGUCUCGAUAACGUUCAACCUUCAAGGGAAGAAGGCCAAUCCUUCGGCAGCUACGAACCACCCACAAGCUCAUUCGACUCCCCAUCCUACCAACCGUACAACCCAGACGACGAUAAUCAAGAGGAAGAGCAACCCCGGCGAAAGCAAUUCAUGGAUGAAGACGAUGAUGACGACCUUGCCACCCGUGCCUCAGCUCUCAAAAUAUCCUCUACGACAUCAAAAUCAGACGCCGAUCGCAAAUCCGACGAAGCAUUCCGCAAAGCCGCAGAAGAAGACGCCAAGCGGGACAAAGAUGCCGGUGCCGGUGCAGGUAAAAAGGGUUGGUUUGGCGGAUGGUUCAAGAAAGACCCCAAUGCCGCACCUGGGCCCAUCAAAGCCAAACUCGGUGACGAGAACAGCUUCUAUUACGACCCGGACCUCAAGAAAUGGAUCAACAAGAAGGGCGGGGCAGCAGACACGGGAAAACCUAGCGCCACACCUCCACCCCCACGAAGCGGCCCCCCUGGUGCUGCUAGAAGCGCAUCCGGCAUGGGUCCUCCGGGCGCGAGGACACUGGCUCCGAGCGCUAUGCCGCCACGCAGCACCAGCAUGCCGCCGCCCAUGGGAGGACCACCAUCCCGCGCGAGCACCCCCGGUAUCCCAUCCGAUACUGAGGGCCCCAGGCCCCCGACGCUUAUGCCACCCAUGUUGUCUGGUGGACCGCCCAGUCGUCCCGGCACAGGCAUGAGCAAUGCAAGCAGCAUCGACGACUUGCUGGGUGCGCCGCAGCCGAGGAAGGGUCCUGGCGCGAAGAAAAAGAAGGGUGGACGGUAUGUAGAGAUCUUGUGAUGGGAUGGUGUGAUUUGUUAUGAUGUGGCGCAGAACGGUGUGUUUUGUACAUGACAGGGAUGUUUUUCUUCUUCAAGUUUGGUAUCGUAGACGUGGAAUAAAUAGACCGGGCUAGGUGAGUAAGUGGAAGUAGGCUUAGAGUUCACCAGGCAGUUCAGUGGCUCGUAUAAUCUUGUAAU